CUGUAAUGAGCAAGACAGAAAAAAUAUAACUUUUUGAUGUUCUUGUCACUGUUUCAAACCGAAUGUUAAGUUUCAAGAGUCAAAAACCCAAAAUUGUUAAGGAAUAUGUAUAUGUGAAAUGUGAUUGCAAGCGAAAAAGGGCGUAUGAAGUCACCAUUAUGGAUUUUUCGAGGGAGAUUAUGGUGGAAAUUCUUUCAAGAUUGACAAUCAAACCUAUUUUCCGAUGUAAAACUGUUUGCAAACACUGGUAUAGUCUUUUAACUUCCGACCCUUUAUUUGUUAAGAUGUAUCAAACAAGAUCAUGUAAUUUCCCCUGCAUUUUGCUUUCGAAUGAUGACUCUGUUGCUUCAGUUCUUGAACUUAAAGCAGAUUAUGAUUACUAUUCUCGCCCGCGAAAUAGACUUGUUAUGUUGAGUUCUAAGUUUCACCUCCCUAGACAUAAAGAUAGAUUUGGUUAUAGUUUUGAUAGAUCAAUGUUGGAUUUAAUUGGUUCAUGUAGUGGGUUGAUUUGUUUGUGGAAUGGUGAUAGGUAUGAUGAAAACUAUUCGAUUUAUAUUAGUAAUCCUCUUUCGGGUGAGUAUUUUAAGGUUAAAUUGCCUGAAUGGGAGAAGAGGGUUCGUCGUGUUGCUAAUACCUUGUGUUAUAGUGAAGAUUCUGGACAGUAUAAGGUAUUGAGGUCAGUGAAUAGAAAGUUUCGGGGUCGUCCUGAAGUGUCUGAAUUAUAGGUUUGUAAUCUUGGAGUUGAUGAGAAAUGGAGAAAUGUGGGGGAGGUUGCUUUUUCGUUAUUUGGUAGAUUUGGUAAUGUGAAUGUCAAUGGUGUUCUUUAUUGGCUGAAGGAUGAUGAUGAUAUUAAAACAAGUGCUAGCAUUCACUCGUUUAAUCUUGUGACGGAAGAGGUGAAGCCCGUGCCAGUUCCACUUGGUUUGAAAACUCCUUCUUUGGGUUUGAGGCUAGCGGAGUUGGGGAAUUGUUUGUGUUUGACUGAUAGUUGCUCUUUUCAGCAUGUUGAUAUAUGGUGGAUGAAAGAGGAUGGAAUAACUGAUUCUUGGACUAAAGAUCGCAUUUUGACAAAUUUCAUUCCGCAUCAUAUCUGUAGCUCUGAUUUAAUACCAAUCAUAUUUUGGAAAGACGGAGAAAUCUUGAUGCAAAGCAGACGACACACAGAGCUACUUUCUUACAACACAAAAGAGAAGAAGUUUAGGAAGGUCAAGGUUUACAACG